GACGACGUCAUCGGAGAUGACUCAUCAUUGUUGUGUUCUCAGAUAAUCUGCGCGCAUUUCCUUCGAAUCGGAACUGUCACAAAAGUUACAAGUGAAGUGAACUGUCAGAAUCAGAUUGAAAACGAACGCUUACUACGCUAGUUUGAUAUUACGCGGAACUAUAACUGGUUUGGACUUAACCUCGUCAAUUGGCUAAUGAUAUCGCGUUUGUGCAUUACGUAAAUCUCGUGUAGUGUUUAGUGAGGACUAUGACGAUGAAGCUAGAUGUUAGUGAUAGCCAGUCUAACCAUUCUGAGUCUAACGACAGUCAAAGUUCGCAGGGCUCCAGCAAUGACUUCAUGGCAACAAUACAAGCGUCCAGAUCGCUGCUUACGUUGGCUAACCUCGAGGGCCUCCAAUCGGGGGUGCCAACCCGCACAACGGCGACCAUCACGCCCACGCAGCUGCGCAACUUCGAGCAGACCUACAUCGAGCUGAGCAACUGCCACAGCGAGCAGGCCAACCACGCCGGGUUCGUGCCGCCGUCAGUCACGCACGCCAACAAUUACGGCAUCCUGAAUCCGGGGGGCUACUGCGAGUUGGGCCCGACGACGGCGCUGCAUGUGUCGCCGGGCCCACUGUCCGCCAGCGGCGACAGCAGCUGCAGCCCCGGGCCCGGGCCCGCGCCCAAGCGCCGGAACAUGGGCGGCCGCCGCCCCACCAAGGCCCCCCUGGACAUCUCCCCAGAAGAGGAGGAAAGGAGAAAGGUCCGACGCGAACGCAACAAAAUGGCCGCCGCUCGCUGCAGAAAACGCAGGCUCGAUCACACUAAUGAGCUCCAAGAUGAAACUGACCAGCUUGAAGAGAAAAAACAUGCGCUCCAAGAGGAAAUCCGAAAGCUAAACGCUGACAAGGACCAGUUACAGACCAUCCUUCAAACGCAUCUCAGGACGUGUAAAUUAGCGAGACGCGCGCCUAGCCCCCCCGACGUGAAACCCUUCGAGGAGUACCCGUAUAUAGAAGAGGGGGUGAGGGUGAAGGAGGAGGUGGUGGAUCCGGCGCAUGACCCCACGCUGGCGCUGGACAAUGACGUCAUGUUCACCUCGCCGACACCGGACAAAAGGAUAAUGUUGUCGGCGGCCAGCCCGGCCAUGGGGCUCGCCCUGGACACGCCGCCGGUCCCCGUGCGGCCCUCGCGCCCCAACUUCCUGCAGGUGCCGCUCUUUCUCACUCCCGCGCAGAUCCACAACAAUAAAGCGAUCGCGAACAGCAACAAGAUCGCCGGCAUCGAGAUCAGCACCCCCAGCAACGGCAUCCCCUUCAACUUCGACAGCCUCAUGGAGGGCGGCACCGGCCUCACCCCCGUGCACCCGCACCCCAUGCUGCACCCCCUCCCCCUCCCCCACCAGCACCCCCACACCCACCCCCACCCCCACCCCUGCGCACAACAACAACGAGUCGCCCCGGAUGUGUCGUCCCCUGACCAUGGAAGCCUUGUCAGUCUCUGAGAAAUGGAGCUGUUCUGCUUCGAGCUGGAUUACCGGAACGUACUCGUGUGAUGUGUGAUGCUCUGGGUUAGGGCUUGAAGUUGAUCAAAACUUUAAAUGCUUGGUUAAAUGAUUUUGAAAUGACAUCUUAUGUGUUUACUUUAAAAGCGAUCGAUCUAGUAAGUAAAUACUUUAAAACGGCGAUCACUUAUCCCGCGUGUUUUUAGAAUUUGAAUGGAUUUCAAGUACAUCAAAGAGCAUACACAGAAUCGAGGUACGGACGGUACUGCGAUUGGAAGCAGAAAGGGUCGACAUUACUUGGAUAUCGCAUUGGACUGCGCCUUGAGCGGUGGUCGGCGUGAGACGCCGCGAACCAAGUCCGCGUUAGAGUUUCGACCGGAAUACUUAUUUAUUCUAUGUAAUUCUUCUAUCAUUCUACUCAUAAAUCUAUUUUUUCACUUGUAACGUCCUAUUUAUUAUAAGUACUUUAUGGUGUUUAAAAGAAGUAAACAGAAUUGUUACAAAAAUUGGCCCAAUGUAAUCUUAUAUCUAUGGCCUAGUCAUGUAGGUUUAUUAACUUUUUUACACAUCAAAAAGUGCAAAUAUUUGGCUGUCGCAGCCGGCGAUCGCUCCACAAGGAGCACCUAUCUACUUGCUCACUGUGUGCUUUGUAUUUAUAUCGUAGUUCCCUAGCGUACGGCCCCGGCCUUCUCGAGUCAAUUCACGAGUUAUUCUAAAUAAAAAUAUUUUUAUAAAUAAACUUGUAUUUCCGCAGAAUAUAGGAAUUGUGAUUUAAAAUAAAACACAGUUUUAUUUGAAGCAUUUCAGGGAUAUCGAGUUGUGCUUAAAUCUAGCGAGGCUAGAUGGUGCGAUUGUAUUGUAAGUUAAAGUAAAAGAUCUCUUUUACACGUUGGUUAUUUCGGCACAAACUUGUAAUUUUAAUCCUCGAAGCAUCUUGUCAUAAUAAAACCUCGUGCCAUCGCUCUACUCUCAUACUACGAAAUAUUUAGUUAACCAUAAACUAACAGCAAUACUACUUAAAGAUUAAUAUAUUGUAUGUAAGUUAGCUCAAUAUUGGUGUAACGUUUACCGUUCCAUUGUUUAGGUUCUGGUAGUGUAGAGUAUUUUAAGGCAUUUGUGAUAUGUCCAGUGAUAGGUUGUCCCGGGGACUUGUGACACAGGCCUCAUCGCAAACUCACAUAUUCGGCCUUAUUCUGCAGUAAAAUCUUUAUUGAUUACGAACGAAUUUUCUUUAGUAUGUAGGUGUUGCUACAUCACAUAAUUACUUGUAUGCUAAUGAGUUUGCAAUAACGCCUGUGUUUUUAUUAUGUAUUUGACUCAUGCCAUCAUUAUUCUCUUGUAAACCCCAUCACAGUCCAAUUUCCAGUGUAUGUAAGCAAAAAUUAUCGUACGUGGCGACUUUCGUCGAAAUUGGGCUGUAAUGAGGGUCGUUAGUUUCUGGACUCGCUGGUUGUGUCCUUCAUGUCGGGUUAUACAUAAAAUUGUUGUUGUGGAAAUAAAAAUGUGUUUGUAACGAUUUGUUGCGUCGAGUCUCUACUUAUUGUGAAAAUAGAGUUAGAAAUGUGAAGUUUCAAACAAAAUGUACCACUUUUUGAGGUUGUCUUUUGAGAACACACAAUUUUUGGAAGUUCAAUUGGGCAUGGGUCGAUAUAUCGUACCGAUAAAGACCACUGGAAUAAAAUAUGAUAGUUUAAGGCAAUAAUUAGAUUAAAGGCACUUAACAAUUAUUAUAAUAUGCAUAACUUAGACCAAAUUAUUACUUUUACGUGCUUUAUCGUAGUUUUAAUUACAAUCUAAGCCAAAUAUUGAUUUUAUUGUUAUCGUAAGUUAGGUUAGACGCUGUUUACGUAAAAGUAUUAGGAGACGGAGUCGCGCCAAGUAUUUAUUUAGUUUACUUCGACACGACACUAAAUAUUUAUACAAUUUUGAAACUUACGUCUAUGUAAUAAAGGUGUAUAAAUAUUUAUGAUCGUCUGUAUACCCGAAACUAGCGCUAGCGAAUAUCUGCCGACAUUUCUAUUUAUAUAAAUAGCAUUCGACAUAUAGUACGCAUAAUAUGGACAUGUAGUUGUGUAAGAGAGAUGUAAUUUUUUCUAGAACUAUUUUCUAAACGCAAUUGUAGAAUACUUUUGUAUUUUUUCAAGAAAAUUAGCAAAGCAAUAUAUUUGAUAAAAUUAUUUGAAAAAUCUAGCCAGAUGUAGUGAAAUAUAUAUGUAAAUCAGAAAAUAUAAAUUUGUUUACAUACACCUGAAA